AUGAAACAAAAAAAUAAUGGAUUGGAAGCAAAGUUAUUCUCUGAGUAGAAUGAAUCGAAUUUGUUAAGCUCCAAAGUAAAAAGUUGUAGAUCAAUUUUCCCAAAAUCAUCUCCAUUUUAAGCUGACUAUUACCUAUUCCCUACACAUGAUAAAAAACAGCUAAAUGAAGAAAAAAAGAAUGAUUUUGUAAGGAAAUUUGUUGACAAUAUGGUGGAUUAAGUAUAAAAGGUGAAAAAAGUAAAAGACUUUCAUUUAUCUUUAAUUGGAGAUUAAGGGUCAUCAGAUGAAUUUUUUUUAAAAAAGAAAGUUUUUGCAUUUUCACACUUAAAUCAAGAACAAUUAAGAUUUAUAUAAAGUCUAUAAGAAUUAUUAAUGAAUAAGCUUAAGAAGAUACCUUUAAUACAUCCUGGUUAAUAUAUUAAAGUUAUAUGGGAUAUAGUGGCUGUUGCUGCUAGAUUAUAUUUCUUAUAUAUUAUCCCAAUAGAUUUAGCUUGGGUUAGUUAAUAAUUUAUAUUCCAUGACUUUAAAUACAUAUCAAUAUUGUUUCUGCUUAUUUUAAUAUUUGAUAUGUUAUUAAGCUUAAAUACUGUGUAUUUCUUAAAUGGUGAAGCAGUUACAUCAAGAAAUAAAAUUGUGAAACACAGUUUAUAUAAUACUUAUGGUUUAUAAUGGUUAUCAGUAUUUUAGUUGUUAAUUUAUUUCAUAGUAGAUAGAUAUACACAUGUUUCACUCGACAUAAAUAAUAAUUUAAUUAAUAUAGGCUUGUUAAUAUUUUUAGUUCAUCAUAAAACUAUAAUAAAUUAUGCAACAAAUUAUGAAGAAGGACUUAAUAUUUCAAAAAAAACAUCCUCAGUGUUUGCUUUAUUUAAAUUGAUAGCCUUUUUAUUUUAUGUGAUACAUUUAUUUUCUUGUUUUUGGUUUUGGGUAAUUUUUAAAUUAUAACUUAGAUUGGAAGAUAUAGUAUAGAAAAUUAUGAAGGAAAGAGUUGGUUAAUUACAACUAAUAUGUUAGAAUAGACAUGGAAUACUCAAUAUCUUUAGUCAUUUUAUUAUACAGCUGUAACUAUAUUUACUGUUGGUUAUGGAGAUGUAACACCAUAAUCCAAUUUAGAAAAGAUUGUUACUAUUAUACUAAUAAUGAUUUCAAGUAUUUAACUUCCCUUUAGUGUUAAUACAGUAGGAAAUAUAAUUACAGAGAUGUCAGCAUUCUCAGAAGAAAGAAAAAGAAAAUUAAGGAUAAUCAAUUCUUAUAUGAAUAAAAGUUUUAUGUCUUCAGGUUUGUAAAUGUAAAUAAGAUAAUACUUAACAUAUUAUUGGGAAAAUUAAGUUGUAUCAUAAUCUGAAGAAGAAAAAGAGAUAAUUGAUUCUUUAUCUGAAUUUCUUAGAUAAUAAUUAAUUAGUGAAGCUCAUUAGAAAAUAUUCGAUCAAUGCACAUUAUUUAAAAUACCUUUUAGCUAACAAUUCAAAAGGUAAUUAAUUAAGGAGGUAGAGGAAGUCCUUCUAACACCUGAAUAAGAUUUAAAGUCUGCAAAUGAUAUAUUGUUAUAUUAUAUAGAGGAUGGUUCAAUCUAAAUUUGUCUAUAAUAAGGUAGAAAGAUAAAUUUAGGAAUUGUUAAUAAAGGAGCCUCUAUUGGUAUUAAAAAUUUUAUAAUGGGUACUGAAUCAUAAGAGACUUAUAAAAGUCUUGGAUUUACUAAAGCAAUGAUUUUAAAGAGAAAAAGUUUUCUCAAAAUUUUAUAAGAUCAUCCAGAUGAUCAAGAAUUAUUUUUUGCUAUAAGAGAUAAAAUGAUUUUUUAUUAAGAUGAUUAAUAUUUUACAGUUUCUUGUUUUUCAUGUGGAAAAGAAUCUCAUAAAUUAAUUGAUUGUCCAUUAAUCAAAUUUGUACCAGAUAAAGAAUUUAUUAUUAAAAAACAUUUAUAUCCUUAAUAAUAAUGUAGAAAACUAUUUGACAGAACCAAAAAAAAGAAUACAACAUUAAUUUAAGAUAAAAAAAAACUUGAGUAAUCUGCUUUAUUGAUAUAAAAGGAAGAACCAGUAUUAUUUCAAUUAUAUAAAUUUGACAAUAUGUUUAAUAUAGAAGAAGAACAGCAAUAAAAAAAAAAUAUUAAAGCAAUGACAUAAUUUUAACAUAUUAAUAAUAAAGCUCCUCAAAUUGAAAGAGAAAGAUACUUUUCUGUUUUAUUACAAAAAUCAAUUAAAAAGAGAUUCCAAAAUCUUGUUAAUAAAUUGAUAUCGAUAAAUAAAGUUUAUCCUUACUUUUUAAUUUAAACUUAUGUACUCUAUGAAAAAUAGAUGGAAUAAAGGUAAAUUAGCAUGACCUUGUAAAUUUUGGAAUAAAGAUGCAAGAAUAUAAGUUAAUUUAAUAAUAAGUAGUUUGAAAAAUAUCUGAGUGAUAUGAUGUUAAUUAUAUAAAGAUUAUCAACUAAAUAGUAUAUAGAUGAUUAAGAUUUUGAAAGCCCUAAAGCAUAUAAGUUUUACUUCAGAAAAGAUAAUUUUUCAGUUGUCAAAUAGAAAAAUUUUUUAUAAAAUCUAAAAAUAUUAAGAAGAUUUAUUUAGUAUGUCUAAUAUCCAGGAGAUCUAAUUAAAUAAUAUAAUCUAACUUAGGUUGGGUUUUAUUAAUUUAUGAAUAGGAGAAAACCAGUGAUGUGUGUUUCAGCUGACUAAGUUUUCAAAUGA